AUGACGGCCACCAAGGUUCAGAAUGGCGAUAAACCGGCGCAUGCUGUGAAUACCUCCUCUCCAUGGCUGCAACCACCGCCUCAACCAGCGACAGGCUUGGGAGAAUAUCGCUUACUCGCACCAAAAGCUGCAGUAUGGGUCAGUCCUUUACAGCUUGGAGGCAUGGCAUUUGGCGAUACGUGGACGCAUAUUGCUGGCAAGACGACGAAGGAGGACGUUUUCAAGCUGCUCGACGCGUAUGUGGAGGCAGGAGGAAACUUUUUGGAUACAGCAAACGUCUAUCAGAAUGAACAAUCCGAAACGUGGAUCGGAGAAUGGCUUCAACUUCGCGGCACCCGGAACCGCAUGGUGAUAUCGACCAAGUAUUCCGCUCCAUACACCAAGGACCGAGAUGAGCCUGGUGCUCGCAUCAGCUAUCUGGGCAAUGGCAAACGAUCACUGCAUCUUUCCGUCCGCGACAGUCUCCAAAGAUUGAAGUGCGACUGGAUUGACAUACUCUACGUACACUGGUGGGACUACUCUACAUCGAUUGAAGAGGUCGUUGACAGUGUGCAUGCCCUCGUUCAGUCUGGUAAGGUUCUGUAUCUGGGCGUGAGCAACACUCCAGCGUGGAUUGUGAGUGCGGCAAAUACGUACGCCAGAGAUCAUGGCAAGACGCAGUUCUCGGUCUACCAGGGACAAUGGAACCUCAUGGCUCGUGACAUGGAAAGAGAGAUUCUGCCCAUGUGCCGACAGUUUGGCAUGGCUGUAGUACCAUACGAUGCCAUGGCAGGUGGCAGAGUCCGAAGCAAGAAGCAAUUGGACAAUGGGGACCACCAAGCGACAGGCAAAGAGAUGUCUGAGCACGAGAGGAAGGUCUCUGAGGCACUUUGCGAGGUGGCAAAGGAGCACAACAUCGAGUCUCCGACUGCGAUAGCUCUCGCAUGGCUCUUGCACAAGCAACCUUAUGUUUUCCCCCUUAUUGGCACACGGAACAUACAUCACAUGCUCGACAAUGCUCAAGCACUACAAGUCAAAUUGACUGCAGACCAGAUGCAGUACAUCGAGAGCUUCGCCGCUUUCGAGCCUGGGUAUCCUGCUGGCGCAUUUGGUCCCGAUCCUCACAUUGACGGCAGUGCUGCGAUCAUGACAAAGAGUGCGGCCCAUACCAAGUGGGUGAAGUUCGCUGGAGCAAUCGGUAAUGCAUAG